AUGUUCUUCGCGCCACCCGCAAAGGUGCCGCGGACGCAGCGGCUGACGAUGACGAGCAGCUCAGCGGCGCCGUACGUCUACAAGCGCGCAACCGAGGCAGACAGCGGACUCGCCGAGGCAUCGCCGACCUCUCUCGAUGGCGCGGUGCUCUUCGAUGCCGCGAGCGGAUGCACGGUGCCGACUUCGAGCUUUCUCUCCGGUACCGGCACGCACAUGUGCUGGCUGGUCGACGAAAACACGAAGCUGCUGCGCCUCUGGAACGUGAGUCGGCCAGGGUGGCAGACGGCGGCGCCACGGCUCGCAGAGAUACCGUACUUUGCAGCCGCCAAGGAGGGACUGCCGCUGUUUGUGAGUGAGAUGGGUGGCGAGGAGGAGUCGCUUGCGUUUUGCAGCGAGCGCGGCGCCAUCUCGAGUCUCGACCACAGCAUCGAGAUGCAAAUGAUGGACGACGAUGACGUUGCUGGCAUGACAGCGUCGAGUUUUGUCUGCUCGCGGCGCUGGGUCAAUGCAGAAGCGGUGCUGGUGACAGUGCUGGGGACGACGGCUGGGGUGCUUGUCGUGGACCUCAAGUACGACGGCGCCCACACGGCAAUGAGGCUCGAUCGCCGUGACCCGGCGUCCUUUCGAUGGGCGCGCGGAGGGCACAACAACCUGCCCCAACGCAGCGGCGGCGGCGGCGACACGGAGACGAGCGCGGACACCCUGUUCACUGAUUGUGCAGAGGAAGAGAGUCAGCAGCGGGUGUCGAGCGAGUACUCGGGCACAGGGCGCCCUUUUGCUUCUCCAAACACUUCCAGCUGGCUGUGGCACUCACUCAAGUGCUUGGUCACCGGCGGUAACAGCCCGAGCGGCGAUCGAGAGGAUGACGACGGGACAGGCACCGGCAGUGCCGCAAGUGCGUCGCCUGUGUGGCCACUUUCAGCCGCUGGUAACGGACAGCGUGGUGACAGCCCACUUGCCUUUACACACGUGCAGUUGCGCUGCCACUACCCUGCGCAGGUAGUGGCGAUAAGCGCUUCAGGUGAGGUCUUCCUGUUCGAUUUCAGUCCGGUGCCACCGGCGGUGGCAGGGGUAGGGCCGCAGCCACGCAUUUCUAUUAAGUGGGCCACGUCGCUCCCAGCAUCGCUGGGGCGCAGAGGACAGAUCGUUUCCUGCACGGAAAGCCAGCACAAGGUGAUCGUUCUCUACUACGUUCGCAGCAGCUCGGCGCACCCGCUCCCAGCGCUAUGGCUCGUGACGCUGGAUGCCUCUCUGGGAAAGGUCGUGAAUUAUGUGGUGCUGAACGCCGUCGCGGACGUAGUCAGCGCCGCCGCGCGCCUGCCGCCCCAUCACAUCAAGCUGUUUUCUUGUGAUAAACACCGCGAGGUCCUCAUUAGCGUCGGCGCGUACGUGCUGCGCGUGAACAAUCAGGUCGGGGUGCGGCAGCCGUGCUCUAGCGAGGACACCGUCUGCUUCGCCCACCUUGAGCAGCCCGUGGCAUCGCUGUUGCUGGAGGACGGGAGCCUCGUCACCCUCGACGCUAGCGGUCCACACCUAACCGUGAGAGAUGUCCUGGCGGGCCGCAUGACGCACGCUGCCGGUGGCGACGGUCCCAGACGUGUGCACGACGGCGACAACUCCGGUGAGGCAGAGUUGAGGAGCAUCCUCGACGCAGUCCGCACCGACUCCAAGCUUUCUUUGGACAGUGCGGUGCUUUACGCGAGUGAGUCGCUCUCGUCCUCGCCGGACUUGCCGCACCAGUGCCGCCACGGCACCGGCAACUGGGCCCGUCGAAACCUAAACGCUGAGGAUGAGAACAUUGUACUGCGCGUCACGCGGCAGCUCACGUUCCAGCAGCAGGCGCACCGCUCCUUCGUUAUGGCUGUCUUGCGCCACCAGCAGCUGCGCACGCAGCUUUCACAUGCGGCCAUGGCGCAGUUGCUGUCGGUGCAAGAGGCGCUCGUGUCCUUGUGUGCGCUGCGCAGCAUGCAGAAUGUGGGGCUGCAGGCGGAGCACUUUUUCGGCGCCAGCGACGAUGGCGUGACACAGCGGAUUCUGCCUCCCUUCAGCACCAUGCUCAAGACGGCGCCGAGCGGCGGCGGUGCCUACCUGGUGCAGCGCCGUCCCUCUCGUCAUCACAACACCCAGGACAGCGUUAAUGACGCGUCGAGCGCGCCGGCGGCUCCGCGGCUGGUGAAGAGCACGGAGCAGAUGGCGCGUUGCCAGCAGAUCAUGCGGCGCGCCAUUGUGGCAGUGGCGGAGGCCAUCCGGGCAGAGCAGAAGGCGGCAGCGAGUGGUGUCUCCGCCCGUCUCCAAGGCAGCGUGGAGGGGUUGACAGCCGCUGAGAUUUGCUUUACGAACCCGUUGAACCUCGUGCGACUGCUCCGCUUCCUUGUCGUGUACAUGACCGAGGUGCAGCAGACCGUCUCGCUGCCUCUGGAGGAAAAGUUUGCCGAGUGCUACGCGGCAGGUUGUAUCUACGUGGUGGUUGCGCAGACCAUUGUUGAAUCGCGUGAGGACGUGCGGAGAGUGUGCGAGAUUUCGAAGGGCGUCCUGGCGUGCCUGUGGACCGCCUCCAGCGAUCCCGUGAGUGGUGUUGCGCCGUGCUUCUCACAGGCGUGUGUGCAGCUGUCCAACAUUCUGGCGGACGUCUGCGAUGCAGCGUCAAGCAACCUUAACGACAGUAGUGACGGCCACGCCAGCGCCGGCGACGGCGCAGCGCGCGCGGCGAGCGAAGCCGCGUUUGCCUCACUCACGCUGCGCCACAAGUGUGACAUGCUGGACGUUAUCGCCUACCUGCUGUACUUUUCGCUGGCCAACAGUCUUCACCACGACAGCCGUUUUGUUGCCUCAGCCGUGACGAACACCCUCCUCCGCGCGCCGUUCCUCACUGGACCGGUCGGCUACCCGUACGGUGCCCCCACCGCGUCUCGCGGCUGCGCAGAGAUUGGGCGCCGUGUUCUGGGCGUGUGCGAAACGCUGGCGCUGCGCUUCGACGCAAUGCCGAUCCUCAUGGUGUUUGCACUUUCCACGCCGAUCGACGACCCGGCGAGUUGCCCGGAGCAGUACGAGCGACUCCAGUGCUACUGCCAGCAGAACACCCUUGUCCUCGACGCCGCACUUCAAACGCUCUGGGAGCAGCGCCGUGAGUGGGAGCUGCUGAGUCUGCCUGCUGUGCUGCCUGGCUGUCCUGACGCACGCACUCGGCGGAACAGCUUCCUGGAAGCGCAAGCACCGCACUUGCUGUGGCUCGCCGACCCAGGUCGCUACGACGCCCUCACCGCCGAAGGACAGGCCAGCCCCCCCUACAUCCCGUACGGGGAGGGCCAGCUCCAACACCGCAGCCGGUGCAAUGCGCUGGCACGCCUGGCAUGGGUAGCGACUGGGGCGGCACCGUCGAGCCGCUUCAACGAUGUGGAGCUGUCGGAGUCGAUUGUGGCGGCGCAGCAGGAGUUCCUUGCACCUGACUGCAACAACGUCACGCUCGGCCCACAAGCGGUGGUGCAGCGACUGUUGGAGAUAGAAGACUGUGUGGCGGCGUGGGCGCAGGCGGCCGUGAUUGCCAGCCACACGAUGCAGCCAACCAGCGAGGACUUGCUGGUGCAAGUGCUGCGGCGUUGCCGAGCGAAGGAUGGUGGGUCACGCCUAACGAACAUCUACGCGAACAGCGUUAGCGAGUUAGAGACGGACGCAAGCUUGCGCCAGACAGCGCUGGGCCAGGUGAUGGUCGCAUGCGCCAAGCUUCAGGACGCCGAGACGCUGCGCCGCGUGGGUGAGACUCUGCUGACUGAUGAGGAGCUCACGCUCCUCUCCUCGUGGCUGGCGUACCUUUGGACGGCAAGUCACGAAAGAGUGUAG